UCCUGGUCCAAUUAUAUUACUGUCUACAUGCCUCCAUGAAAUACAGCGCACUGCCUCCCCUUCACUUGCGUCCUAACGGCGGAUGGAAGUGCAGAAACAACGGAUGUAGCUUCACAAUUAUAUUAUUGAUGUUUCAAGACAUCCGCAGCAGCCCGUGUAGCCAGAUUGUGGCUAAUUUCGGACGUGCAAGCGACGCAACUCCUGCUUGGAAUGAACUGUCCUUUUGUCUGCGCAACUGGCAACAUUUGAUGUGUUAUCGGGGACGGGGAAGUAAACACGCUGGCCUGCGCUCAUGAUUAGAGGCGAGGUGAGAUUGAAACCUCAGACUCACAUUGUCCUUGAUCGCAAGUUGAUUUUACUACGGAGUAGAGGAACUGGGGGCUCUAAUGGCGUCAGUUUCGAAGGUGUCUAUUCUGGAUUACUUUAAUAUUGUGUUUGAAGGUGAAAAUGGCAAAAUCGAGUCCAACUGCAAGGCUUGUGGUACCAGGAUCCAGGCGAAGCGAAGUGUCACGUCCAACUUCGUAACGCACCUUAAGCGGAAACACCAGGCAAUGUAUGAUGACUUUGUGAAAAGGAAGGAUAUGAAGAGAGAGGGUUACUCCUCUGGUUCCUUGCACAGUUUCACCACUAAUGGAGGGAACACCCGCUACACUCUCCCCAUCAGUCCUCGAGUGGGAGGAGGAGGAGGAGGAGGUGGACUUGUUGGAGGAAUGGGAACUCUUGAGGGAGGAGUAGGAGGAGGCUCUGGAGGAGGGGUGACCAAGUUUGACAGACAUGACCCACGUCAGGUCCUGAUCUCUGAGGCUAUAGCUAAGAUGAUUGUGCGUGACCUGCAGCCAGUGUCCAUAGUGGAAAAUCAAGGUUUCAGAGAGCUGCUCCAGCUCCUGGAGCCACGUUACAAUCCUGAGCCCCAGUAUUACAUCCAGAGCCAGCUCCUCCCAGCCUACACCUACCAGGCCCAGCUAGCAACCCGUCAGGCCCUGGCCUCAGCACACGCCCUCAGUCUCAGCCUGGAUCUCUGGAAGGGCUUAACUGGAGCCACUUCAGGGUACCUUGGUGUCACCUGCCAUUUUCUCACAUCUGAUUGGCAGAUGCGUUCAGCUCUCCUGGCGUGCCUUCCCAUGACUGGAGGCAGCUCUGGGAAUCACGUGCUUUCAGAUUUUGAUGACGUAUGUCACUCUCAUGGCGUCUCAGGGAGAGCAUUUCGGGUGGUUGCAGACCCUUUCUUCUCAACAACAGUAAAGCCAUGUUGUCUGCCCGGUUUUUUGGUUUCCCCUACUCUCGCUAACGGGCAAGACGAAGACAAUGGCGAAGAGGUGGACUAUGGUAACAACGUGGAAGAAGGGAUCAGGAAUGGCCAUGGUGACGGAGGAGAGGAAGGAGAGUGGGAGCAUGGUCUGGGUGUUUGUCGAGUGGACUGUUUCUCUCGCUCCCUUGAACAGUGUGUCAGAGAGGGCUUACGCUCUUGUCCACAGGUCACUUCCACACUGGCCAAGGCUGCCUGUUUCUACAACUAUGUUACCUCUGCUGUCCCACCUGAGAAACUUAGCCAGGUGUUUGAUGGUCCUGGGUUGAGUAUGAGGACACCAGGAACUACCCUUCCUGCAGCAAUCGACUGGGCUGCUCAGCUUAAGGUGCUUCGGCGGCUGCUGGACUCAGUGGAGUUCCUGGAGGAGGUGAGUGGUCCGGGGGAGCUGGCGCUGGGUGGUUCAGAGAGAGCCCUGCUGAGGGAGCUCACUGACACUUUGGAGCCGUUCACUGAGGCCUGGGACAUGGUGCAAGGGGACAGACAGACGGACAUCCAGACAGACAAACAUGUGUCCAUCAGCCUUGCUCUGCCGUGUGUUUUGGGCCUUCGUAAGCAUCUCUCUGAGACGUCAACUCCCCACUGCCCCUCUCUGCUGGUAGGCCUCAGCCAGGCUGUCGAGCGUCGGCUGGCCCCUGUCUUGGAGGACCCUCUCUACAUCACUGCCACCACCCUGGACCCCCAGUUCAAGCUCACUUGGAGCAGCAACCCUGACUGGCAUAGACAAGUUCUCAUAGAGGAGUUGUCAAAACAUUCCACAGCCUCCAGCCCCAUAGAUGCCAACACAGACCUACAUCCUCAAUCCCAGACCCCUCCCGCCCCAGCUCCAUCACCGGCCUCCUCGUUUUCCCGUCCCUGUAAGCUGUUCUCUUUCAUUAAGCAGAGGCCCACAACACAGGCCAAGAGCCUAGAGCAGGAGUUGGCCGUCUACCUACGAGAGGAACCAACAGACGAGGAGGCUUUGCAUUACUGGCGGCGUAAAGCAAUUGACUUUCCUCUGCUUGCCCAGGUAGCCAAGAGGGCAUUUACCAUACCUGCUUGUGGCACUGUAGUCGAGAGCAUUUUCACUACUGCUGGGCGCUGUCUGCGGUCAGAGAGAGGCCGCGUCUUACCAAAGAACCUUGAGACGCUCAUCUACCUCAAAGCGAACUACAGAUUACUAUGGACUUAAAGUUAGGAAUCAAGCAUUUCUUUUACCGAAAUAGCAACUGACGGCUUUGUACAUGCAGUUAAGUUACUUACUUCUUGGAUACUAACCUCUGUUUCCCUGUAUGGAAACUGAACUAGCAACAUAACAUAGUCCUCAUACUACAUUUUGACGUGAAAUGGAAGGAAUUACCCAGAGUUUCAGAGCCGAGGCUUAGUUUCCCUUCUUCAAACAGGUUUUUUAGACUGCAGUAGGUGUGGAUCGCUGUCUCUACCAUGUAGCCUACAUACAGACAAUUAUACCACAUGCUGUGGACAGAGGGGACUAGAAGCAGAUCAAUACUGAAGCUUUUACUCUGACAUUAUUUUGUCUUCAGACAAAGCCUCCACUCACUAUCCUCCCAACCCCAUACAUAGCUUGUUUGUGUGCACUGACAUACCAACGAUAACCAAAUGGUCAAUUGUGUUCUGUAGCAUCUGCUUUAUUCUCUUGUAUACAAUAACCCUAGAAAUUGUGACUAAUUCAUUUGAUGUUGUUUUUGAAGGAGGGCAUCAGCUGCUAAACAAUUUGUCCAUUUAUUCUUUUUUCUCUCGCUUUGUAUGUAUUCCUUAUCUCUGGGACAUCAUAAUAAACAAGUUUCACUUUCUAUCA